AUGGCUGGCGAUCCUGAAAAGUCAGAGCAGAGCUCACAUCGCGCGAGCCACGGCGACUCCACUGACGAAAACGAUUCAACCAUCAAACCACACGCGGACGAUGACGAGAAGCAGAUUAGGACGCCCUCUUCAGGGCCGACCACGAACGACAAUCUAGCAAAGCUAGACUCGAGCAUCAAGGUAGCGGUGAAGGACGAUAUAUAUGCUCAUUUGACUCCGCAAGAGAAGGAGAUCAUACUCAGACAAAUCGAUAUACCAGAGGUCAAGAGCGGAUUCAAAACCCUCUACCGAUAUUCCACAACGAACGAUAUAAUUAUCAUAGUCAUAAGCUCGCUAUGUAGUAUUGCUGCCGGCGCUGCUCUCCCUCUGAUGACAGUUGUGUUUGGUGGUCUGGCUGGUGAUUUCAACGGAUACUUCGCCGGCACACAAACUCACGCUGAGUUUAGCCACACAAUCUCACACAUGGUCCUCUAUCUCGUCUACAUUGGAAUUGCCGAGUUCGUCACCGUAUAUAUUUCUACCGUCGGCUUCAUUUAUACUGGAGAGCAUAUCAGUGGCAAGAUCAGAGCGCAUUACCUACGGUCCUGUAUGAAGCAAAACAUUGGAUUUUUCGACAAGCUCGGUUCUGGGGAAAUCACCACUAGGAUUACGGCAGAUACAAAUUUGGUUCAGGACGGUAUUUCCGAAAAAGUAGCAUUAUCGAUGAGCGCCCUUGCAACUUUCAUUACGGCUUUUGUUAUUGGAUUCAUCAAGUCAUGGAAGUUGACUUUGAUUCUCUCGUCAACUGUAUUCGCUAUUGUUGUGACCAUGGGCAGUGGCUCUCGCUUCAUUGUCAAAUACAGCAAGCAAUCCUUGGAAUCCUAUGCCUUAGGAGGAACGAUUGCUGAAGAAGUGAUUUCUUCAAUUCGAAAUGCCACUGCUUUUGGUACUCAGGACAAAUUAGCUCGCCAAUACGACGUCCAUCUUGGAGAUGCCGAGAAGUAUGGAUACAGAAACAAAUUCGUCCUGGCCAUUAUGGUUGGAUGCAUGUUCUUGAUUCUUUAUUUGAAUUACGGACUUGGUUUUUGGAUGGGAAGUAGGUUGUUGGUCGACGGGGAGCUAACCUUGUCUCAAAUCCUGACUAUCCUGAUGUCUAUUAUGAUCGGUGCUUUCGCACUUGGUAACGUGGCUCCCAACGUCCAGGCAUUCACAACAGGUAUCUCCGCUGCUGUUAAGAUCUACAAUACCAUCGAUCGUAUAUCUCCACUGGAUCCUACUUCGGAAGACGGCGAGAAGCUUGACCAUGUUGAUGGUACUAUUGAAUUGCGAAAUAUCAAACACGUCUAUCCCUCCAGGCCAGAAGUCGUUGUUAUGAACGGGGUUAGCUUGGUCAUUCCAGCAGGAAAGAUGACUGCUCUUGUAGGUGCAUCAGGAUCUGGCAAGAGUACAAUUGUGGGACUAGUGGAGAGAUUCUAUGAUCCUGUCGGCGGGCAAGUCUUUCUGGAUGGACAUGAUGUUAGCACCCUCAACCUUCGCUGGUUACGCCAACAGAUUUCUCUCGUCAGCCAAGAGCCUACACUUUUCGGCACAACCAUUUUCAAGAACAUCGAGCACGGUUUAAUUGGAACCAAGUACGAGAAUCAAAGCGAGGAAAAGAAACGAGACCUUGUUAUUGAAGCGGCCAAGAUGGCGAACGCCCAUGAUUUCAUCACAGCUCUGCCAGAAGGUUAUGAGACAAAUGUCGGCGAGCGUGGUUUCCUCCUUUCAGGAGGUCAAAAGCAACGUAUCGCCAUUGCCCGAGCCAUGGUCAGCGAUCCCAAGAUUCUUCUUCUAGACGAGGCCACAUCUGCCUUAGAUACGAAAUCCGAAGGUGUUGUCCAGGCUGCGCUCGAAGUCGCCGCUGCGGGACGUACAACUAUCUCUAUCGCCCAUCGUCUUUCUACUAUCAAGGACGCUGACAAUAUCGUUGUCAUGACAGAAGGUCGGAUUGUGGAGCAAGGAACUCACGAUGAACUGUUGUCAAAACAAGGUGCUUACUUUCACCUGGUUGAGGCUCAGAAGAUAGCCGAGACGAACGAGUUGACCGCUGAAGAGCAGGCUGCUGUUGAUGCUGCGGAUGACCAGCUUGUUCGCGAGAAGACCAAUAGAAGUCAUAAGAGUGGUCAAGAAUACGAAGAAGAUCCAGACGACAAGAAUAUUUCAAGAAAGCUGAAACGUACCCAGUCAGAGAAAUCCCAGUCAUCGGUAGCACUGCAGGGCCGCAAUACUGCAGGAGAAGAACAGGCCUCGCUUUGGACAUUGAUCAAGCUGAUUGCAUCAUUCAACAGAAAUGAAAUCGGACUCAUGUUCGUUGGAUUGUUCUGGUCAAUCAUCUGUGGUGGAGGAAAUCCUACGCAAGCAAUCUUUUUCGCCAAGGAAAUUAUUUCCCUCUCGAUCGUUGUCAAAAAUCCCGUUACUGGAGCUGAAAUCCCUGGAGCUCGACACACACUCCGACACGAUGUUGAUUUCUGGUCUUUGAUGUACCUUAUGCUUGCUUUCAUACAGCUGAUUGCCUUCUGUGGACAAGGAAUCGCUUUCGCAUACUGCUCUGAGAAGCUCAUCCAUCGUGUUCGAGACCGAGCUUUUCGAACAAUGUUGAGACAGGACAUCGAAUUCUUUGACAAGGAGGAAAAUACUGCUGGAGCUUUGACUUCAUUCUUGAGCACGGAGACGACGCAUGUCGCUGGUCUGUCCGGUGUUACUCUUGGCACACUUAUUACUGUCACUACUACGCUCAUUGCGGCUUUUGUUGUCAGUCUUUCUAUCGGAUGGAAAUUGGCACUGGUUUGCAUCAGUACAGUUCCUGUCUUGCUUGGAUGUGGUUUCUUCCGUUUCUGGAUGCUGGCUCAGUAUCAGCGUCGGGCGAAGAAGGCCUACGAGGGCAGUGCUAGUUUUGCUUGUGAAGCUACCAGUGCCAUCAGAACUGUUGCUUCAUUGACAAGGGAAGCAGACGUCCUGCGAAUCUAUACUAACUCACUCAAUGCUCAAGCGCAAAAGAGUUUGCGCUCUGUCCUCAAGUCAUCGCUUCUCUACGCUGCCUCGCAAUCGCUCAUGUUCGCCUGCACUGCGCUUGGUUUCUGGUAUGGUGGUAAUUUGAUUGCGGAUCGCGAAUACACCUUGUUCCAGUUCUUCGUCUGCUUCUCGUCUGUCAUUUUUGGUGCCCAGUCGGCUGGAACUAUCUUCUCCUUCGCACCGGACAUGAGUAAAGCAAAACAAGCGGCUCAAGAACUCAAGAUACUCUUCGACCGCAAGCCAACUAUCGACUCCUGGUCUGAAGACGGAGCCAAACUCGAGUCCGUUGAAGGCCACAUCGAAUUCCGUGACGUUCAUUUCCGCUAUCCCACCCGGCCUGAACAGCCAGUCCUCCGUGGUCUCAACCUCCACGUUUCUCCAGGUCAGUAUAUCGCAUUGGUCGGUGCAUCUGGUUGCGGAAAGUCCACAACCAUUGCCCUGCUCGAACGCUUCUACGAUCCUCUCGUUGGCGGUAUCUACGUCGACGGCAAAGAAAUCUCUAGUCUCAACAUCAACGACUACCGUUCUCACAUUGCCCUCGUUUCCCAAGAACCAACCCUCUACCAAGGGACUAUCCGUGAGAACGUCCUCCUUGGUGCCGACCGCCAGGACGUCCCAGACUCCGAAAUCGAAUUCGCUUGUCGCGAAGCUAAUAUCUACGACUUCAUCAUGUCCCUCCCGGACGGCUUCUCCACCAUCGUCGGUUCCAAGGGAUCGAUGUUAUCGGGUGGCCAAAAACAGCGCGUCGCUAUCGCACGUGCUCUUCUCCGCGACCCUAAGAUCUUACUCCUAGACGAAGCUACCUCUGCGCUUGACUCGGAGUCUGAACACGUUGUCCAGGCGGCGUUGGAUAAGGCUGCCAAGGGCAGGACCACGAUCGCGGUGGCGCAUCGUCUGAGUACGAUUCAGAAAGCUGAUAUCAUAUAUGUGUUUGAUCAAGGUGUUAUUGUAGAGAGCGGAACGCACAACGAGUUGAUGCAGAAGGGGGGACGGUAUUCUGAGUUGGUUAAUCUUCAGGGUUUGGGAAAACAUAAGUGA